UUAUUGCAGUAGUCGUAGUAUGCUUACAGUUUUUAAAUAAAAGUACAAAAAGUGCGUCUAUUUAAUUUCACUUUCAAAUCAGUGUGCAUCGUUAGAACCAUAUUAAUUAACCAAUCGAACCUAUUGCAAACAUAACUUUACAAACACAACAAAUAAUAUCUCCUACUAGUGAGUUAAUAAACAUUUUAGUGAAAUUAAUGUAGAAUAUGAAAUUGAAAAGCAUUGCAGUGCCAUGGUUCAACGGGCACUUGAUUUGUCCCUGAAUGUUGCACGAAAAUUACCAAACGCUUUCUUCAUCUACAACUGAUUGAACUAUAAAUAUCUCGGUAAACAACGAACACCACAAGCAGUCAACAUGAAGUUGAUUGUAGCAAUUGGUUUGCUCUGUCUUGUGGCGGUGUACGCCAGGGAACUAGAUGAUGACCAAAAAGACUUGGUAACAGCCGCCAGCGGAAAAUCCCAUAAGCAUGAAGAAGGAGGUGGCAAGGAGCAUCACUCUCAUCACCAUCAUGAACACGGAGAAAAGGGACACAAGGGCCACAAAGGACACCAUCACCACCAUAAAGGAGAACAUGGCGAUCACGGAAAACACCACCACGCUGGGCAUCAUCAUGAGCAUGGCGGUGGUCACAAAAAACACUGGGAUGAACACGACCAUCACGGUCAUCAUCACGAACAUGGACAUCAUCAUAAAGGCGAAAAACACGGUCAUAAAAAACAUCACGACAAGGGAGAGAAAACCGAUGGUUACCACAAAAAAUACCAUAAGGACAGCUACCAUAAGGAUCAUCACUUCUACGAUGACCACCAUCAUGAAGGCAAGCACCACAAGCAUGGUAAACACCACGGCCAUCACGAAAAACAUGGAGGAGACCACAAAAAGGGAGGUCAUCAUGAAAGUGGACAUCAUGAACACCAUCAUGGCAAGCAUGGUCAUCAUGACAAGCAUCAUUACGAUGAAGAUCACCACGGUCACAAGGGACACCAUGGACACGAAGAGCAUCAUCACCAUCAUCAUGACCACGGCAAGAAAGGUGGUCACGAGGACCAUAAGAAAUGGGGCUUCCAUCAUGGCAAACAUUAAACGCUUCUGUGAUAUUAAUGAUAAGAAAUGUUGUUAAACGCAAUAUGACAAAAUAUGUUCAAACAAGAUAAUCAUAAUCAAUAUUCAUUGAUUAUGAAAUAUUUUUCAAAAAUACCUGAAGAUGUUUUGUCUCUUUGUGGCGUUCUAGUUGA